GUCCUUUUAGACGAGGAUGAAGCCUGGGCUGGGAUGCCAACAGAUCUCAAGCAGCAUCCCACCACCUCUUCAUCACCUGUAGAGACUGAAAAGGUGCAGUGUCCUUGGUGCUGAUGUGAUUUUCCAGUUAAGUAGGGCAGAAUUGGCUUAUCUGCCCUUCUUGCACAGUAUUGGCACUCCAGCAGCUUGCAAAAAGUGCUUUAGGACAAGUAACACAUAACUGAACUCCUAUCAUAACAUGACCGAGUUUCAAAUGAAGUUUUUGCCAUGGUACAGGCUAGAGAAGUAUAGGAAAUGCCAAAGCAAAUUGCCGCUGGAUUAAAACAUCUUCCCUAUAAGGAGUCAUCAAAUAAGAUGUUUGCUAUUUUUUUCAUUUCAAAAUACAGAUAAUUGAGAGGAGGGGGCAUGACAGAGAUUUAUAAAAUUUAUGACUGGUAUGAAGAAACUAGGUACAAAUUAUCCUCUCUCAAACAAAAUAAACUCUAAGUAAUCUAAUGAAACUGAUUGAUAGUAAGUUAAUAACAAGAGGAAGUUUUAUAUAGCUGUAUAUCUAAAGAUGAACAAUUGCAUUAGUAAAGCAAACUGAUCUCACUUUGCAAUGAACAAACAGGAGAAGAGAUGGAAGCUCUACAAGCUAUUGUCACGUGAAGGGGUCUGUAACUUCAGAGGAAGCAGAUCUCUCAUAAGGAGGAGAAUAUAAAUUGGUGGCUGUGUUGACUGACCUGUGAGCUGAAACGGUAGGGCUUCCGUGCUGAGGUAAUACUUGCCCUCCAUUUCCUAGCCAAGGGAGUGGGGUUCAGAAGGAGCUCUCCAGACCUGCAGGGACUGUUCAGAGAUGCAGCUGCUGAGGAGCUGUCCAGCAUUUCAGCAUCACAGCACUUCACUCCUGUUUCUCAGCUUGCUGUUGAGCCUCCAGAGCACAGUGACUGCAAAAGGAUGCGCAAAAGCAGGACACAGUCUUGGUUAGAAAGGAGAUCUGUACAGUCAGAGUGCUCCAAAGUGGAAAGAUAAAAAGGAAGCAGGAUGCAAAAACUAUUUAACUAUUUAACUGAAAGACUGCUUUACUGGUUUCAGUAAAUAGAAAAGAAAGUGCUAGGAGAGGCAAUUUACCUGAAAAUUAGCUUGAAUCAAGCAGCUUCAAGAAAUAAGAACCUGAAGGAAAUCUCUGAUGUAAUGUAUUUCAAAUAGACUGAUCUCACUCAUAAGGUUUUGUAAAAGGACAGCAUCUAGUACUCUCAUCUAAACUAAACAAUAUUUAACAGAGGAGACUGAUAUUUGUCACUGCAGACAAUGGAUAAUUUUUCCUCCCAGCCCAACUUCAAUACUUCCUGUACUGAUGUGGAUUUUGGUUGCUAUGGGUCAGGACAACAUGGGCACAACAUGACAGCUCCACAGCUGAUUCCUAAGUUCUACAUUGCCGUACCCAUCAUCUACUCUGUGAUCUGUGCUGUCGGGCUCACUGGAAACUCUGCAGUCAUUUAUGUCAUCCUAAAAGCUCCCAAAAUGAAGACUGUCACCAACAUUUUCAUUCUGAACCUGGCCAUUGCUGAUGAGCUCUUCACGUUGGUACUUCCUAUCAACAUAGCAGACUACCUGCUGCUUCAGUGGCCCUUUGGCGAAUUCAUGUGCAAGCUGAUCAUCUCCAUCGACCAGUACAACACUUUCUCAAGCAUUUAUUUUCUCACAGUCAUGAGCAUCGACCGAUACCUGGUGGUGGUUGCCACCAUCAAAUCCAAGAAAAUGUGCUAUCGCACCUACAGGGCUGCCAAGACAGUGAGUCUCUGUGUCUGGGUUUUUGUCACCAUCAUCAUAUUGCCGUUCAGUAUCUUUGCCAAGAUACACACUGAAGAGGGACGAUCCCAGUGUGUCUUUGUCUUUCCCAGCCCAGAGGGCUUCUGGUGGAAAGUGAGCCGCCUCUACACUCUUAUCUUGGGCUUUGCCAUCCCAGUGUCCACCAUCUGCAUCCUGUACAGCACCAUGCUCUUCAAGCUGAGGCGUAUGCGGCUCCACAGCAAUGCUAAAGCUUUGGACAAAGCGAAAAAGAAAGUGACAAUCAUGGUGCUGAUCAUCUUGGGCGUUUGCCUGUUCUGUUGGACCCCUUAUCACCUGAGCACUGUGGUCGCCCUCACCACAGACAUCCCACAAACCCCUCUGAUAAUUGGAAUCUCCUAUUUCAUCACCACCCUGAGCUAUGCUAACAGUUGCCUCAACCCGUUCCUUUACGCCUUUUUAGAUGACACUUUCCGGAAGAGUUUCCGAAAGUUGGUUGAAUGUGGAACUCCCUCCUAAGAUUCCGGAUCUUUUUCUAGCCCCUUUUAAAAUAAGCUUCAUGCAUUUUGAAGAAACUUCCCGAAUCAUGAUUGGAAGGGACUAGCUCUGGCCAUAGAACCAGAUCCAAAAUGUUGUAAAACUGAAAAUUCAGGAAUUGGCUCAUCCUCUUCUUCAAGCAGUGUCCCCGUAUCCCUGCCAGGGUGAAGAAGCUUGCUGCAUCACCACAUUACAUCCUCCGGGGCAUUUUUCCCCUUGUUCUUUCUUUUUUGGCACUACAUCGAUUCAUUGUGGAUUCUCCUCCUAUUGGUAUGGAAUGCAACAUAAUUCCUUGGAAUGUAAAAAAGAAAGAAAGAAGAAGAUUUAAUAUUCAGCAGACCCAAUAUACCGAACAGUACUAAUUGAAACAUGGAGUUUUUUCAUGCCAAAUAAAGGUGUGCAGAGUGCCUUUGCUUAAUGAAUCUGAAUCCUGCUAGUUUGAUACCUGUAUUAUAUUUAUCUUGCUGUAUUACCUUCCUCCAUCAUAUUUUAUUACAUAUUAAUUCUGCAUUUGACAAGGUAAGCUUUUAUGACAAGGUAAUGUGUUCUUCUACAGCUCCCACACAUUUAAUUGGGGGGAUGUGGGCCUAGUUGAUUCAUUCUUCCUUUCCUCCAUAUUCAACCACAUUGUGUAUUUUAAGUUCUGACACAUCUUGUAGUUGUGAUUAUUGUUAUUCUGUAAAAAUACUGUAAUUAAGGCUUAAACUGCUGCACAAAUCAUCUGUGUACAGACUUUCUUAGAUAUAAAUAUUUUGCAAAGGAAAGUGCCCUCUAGCAUAAAAUGUCAUAGCUUGAUCUUUGUCACAUUUUUUAAAAAAACCAUCCCAAUCUUUUCUUCUUCUUUUUUAAAUACUGGAGAUAAGAACAUACAAAGCCCCCCAAAGUCCCAACAAAUAUAAGGAAAUAACAGCAAUUUUACAAAUGGUAUAUAUAUAUCUCCUAAUAAGAUUUAAAUAUUCACAGCUUGUUGUU